GCGGUUGUUUAUCACGUCGUGAAGUACCAUGCCUCCGAAAAAAGGAAAAGGAGGCGCUGCAAAAUCCGAUAAAAAUGCAGGAAAGGGGGGAAAGGGAGGUGGUAAGCAAGGAGCAGCAGAGGGUGGUGUCACUAAAGAAAAGAAAGGUGGAACAGCAGUGAAGGUGCGCCAUAUCCUGUGUGAAAAGCACUCUAAGGCAAUGGAAGCCAUGGAGAAACUCCAAGCAGGCCAAAAAUUUAAUGAUGUUGCCACAGCGUACAGUGAGGACAAAGCUAGACAAGGAGGUGACUUGGGAUGGAUGACAAGAGGUUCUAUGGUAGGACCAUUUCAGGAUGCUGCAUUUGCCCUUACAACAUCGACUGUAGAUAAACCAAAUUACACAGAUCCUCCAGUGAAAACCAAGUUUGGCUACCAUAUCAUCAUGGUGGAAGGCAAGAAGUAAAUGAAUCACAUAAAACAUCUUUAUUUAUAACAAAYACAUGGAAAGAAAGUCUGUUUCAGCUUCACACAAAAAAGGGAAAAUAAUGUGAAACAAAUUCAGCAGAGGAAGKUUCUCUYUCAGAUAUGGGUAUUUUUGUAGUACAAUCAUGAUAAGGAGGAUUGUUCUCUUCACAUUCUUCAGAAAUAUCCUUGUUACUAAUUACACUGACUGGGUUUGACUAAAGAAUAUCAUAGAAGGAUAAAUAGGAUAUAUUGCAUUAAAAAGAAACCAAUAAUACAUUGGUAAGAACAAAAUAGAUUUUACUCCAAUGUUAGACUAGAUGAGUUUAGUAACAUAGCAUUGUGCUUGCAAGGGGAAACAUGACACAGCCAAAGCAAUGAUCACUCUUUGCAUAGUAUCAGCCAACUUAAAUUCUCGAAUUAAGCAAGAAAUGGUGACAUUCUUUACUAACAGAGUGUACUUAAUAUUUUCCCCUCGCCCAAGGCGUUUUCCAUUCCUCUYGUGGAACUUCGUGUAAACCUCGCAUGAUUGUUUUUAAGACGUAAAAAUUUAAGUAACAUAGUUCAGGCUAUUCCAUAUCUGGCCCAUUUGUUCAUACUUUUAUAUUCCUCAUCCCAGUAAUCACGGUUCUUGUCAUCUUCUGUCACCAUUUUUUUGAUUAAUUCUUCUUGUUUCCUCAUAAUUUCAUAAUGGUUGUCAGCGUGCUCUUCACCUUUAUUCUCUUCAGUAUCUUCAUUUUCUGUGAAUAAAAUUUUGUUUUUUUGAUUUUACA